CCUUUGAUGUGACGAGGGUCGUCGCUGGCUUGACGUCACUUCCGGGUCGCGGCUCCGUUGGAAAUGGACGACAGUCUUCAUCUGGCAGACGGUGGAUUGACUAAAAAUGUGGCCAGGUCAGGCAGAAGAGCUCGUCAGGCGGCUGAGAUGAUGAGCGCUGAAGACUCUCGUCAGAGGAGAUCCUCUUCAUCAGUCAGUAACGCAGCAGAGGGACCUCCACCGAAGCCGGCCCGUCGUCAGGGAGGAUGGGCGGAGGAGAGCACAGGAACCGGAUCUGCCAAGUCCAGACGACAGUCGGCCGCUGAAGAGCUGGAGGACCGGCGGCUGAGGCCACAAACCCCAGAGGGCUCUGACAAUGAAAGUGACAUCCCAGUGAUUCCAGACCUGGAGGAGGUUCAAGAGGAAGACCUCAGCAUGCAGAUCGCUGCUCCACCCAGUAUCCAGGUGAACAGAGUUAUGACCUACAGAGACCUGGAUAAUGACCUCAUGAAGUACUCGGCUUUCCAGACUCUGGAUGGAGAGAUUGACCUGAAGCUGCUCACGAAGGUUUUAGCCCCGGAGCAGGAGGUGAGAGAGGAGGACGCGGGCUGGGAUUGGGAUCAUCUGUUCACCGAGGUCUCCUCUGAACUCCAGACAGAAUGGGAUCAAGGAGAGCGAGAAGAUCAGUCUCCACUUCCUGUGGCCUGAGGAUGGAUUUACACGUCAUGUGUUCAGAUGGGAAAAUAUUGUUCAUGUUGAAUGUGUUUCUUGACGUGUGCAUUUCUCAUUAAGGUUAACCUUGCAAACCCAGAAACAUUGCUUUUAUUAACUAGAUCAAUCUGGAGACAUUUGUCACCGUUUGUAGUAUCUGGAAAAAACAUAAACCCAAGGUUAAUGAGCGAGCAAACUGAAAUCCAGUUGAUUAAGUUAAAAUUAACUUUGCACAUCCGAGCAAGCCGGCCUUAUCAUUAUUGACCACAGCAUCGACCAUCUGAGCUCGUCCUGUGCUCAUGAGCUUCAUUCCUGCGUCUCUAUCACAACGUGUGGAUUUAAGCCACAACAUCAGAGAUAUGUGUUUGAAACCUUUACAUCUCAUGAAUUCAUUCAUAAGCAUUAGUUCAAACUGAAAUGUUUCAUUAUUAUUAUUUUUUUAUGAUAAUCAGUAUGUAUUUUGUAUACUAUGUAUUUGUUUUUACCGUUUUUCUCAAUCGAUUUGAUACUUGUCUCCAAUGGACUUGUUCUCAAAACAUUUAACACAGCCUUAACCAAACAGUUCAGCUUUACUGCAAAAUGAAGCACGGCAAUUUUUCCUAAUAAUGCAAUUAUUAAAAUGAAAUAUUAAUAUCAAAUCUAUAGAUGUGUUCCCUAUUUAUUAUAAAACACAUUACACAUUUAGCUGUAGAUGCACAAAUAUUCUAAUGAAAAUAAAUGUUUAUUGCAAUACUUCAACAGGAAGUUUUGUUUUACAUAUAUAGUGUACUGUAUAUCUAAACUAAAUGAAACACCUGUUAUCACCUUUGAGAAAAAAAAAAAAAAACUUCAGAUCUGUUUGUGCAGCAAGAACUGCCAACUAAGUUUCCUGAAAACUACAGAUCAGUGUUUUACAGUCAUUUGUAUGAAAUGAAUGAAAACGUUCAGUCUGUUUAGGAAAAUUAUUAAGUUUUCAGAUCACUGUUAACUGUUUUGAGUUUGGAGACGUGUGAAAUCCAUGGAGAAAAACUGUAAAUGGUUAAAAGGUUAAAUGAGGAUUUGACCAGCAGACUGAAAAUAAAAACAGUAGAAAUAGCA